CGAUGUCCACGUGUCACAGAGCGGAAUACUCCCAUCAUAGGAUUCCUUUUAAACACAACCUCGUGGAAUAUAAACGAAGGAGACAAGAAAGAAGACAGCUCUGCCGCUCAGAAAAACCAGUGCAGUGUGGGUAUUUGUUUUGUAAACGUGGCGAACGUGAGCUGCGAAAAUAUCCAAAGUGUUGAUAUCGUCGUCAAGCCUGAACACCAUUAUCUUAUCCAGGUGCAAACUGUGGGUGAAAAGUACAACAGUACUGAGUGGGUAACCACAACCUUUGACACACCCGCUGGACCUUCAGGACCAGUAGAACAUUUGAGAGCUGAGUCUGUGAACGGGUUUUCUGUGAGUGUCGAGUGGAGCAAACCAAACGAAACAAACGGAAAGUUACUUGGCUACGUGGUGCACGUGCUUCAGUCCGGACUGGACUGUGUGCAGAUGAUCUUGUACAUGUUGAAGUCUACAGAUAAUACUGGACAGGAUUGUUUUGAUAAGGGGAAAGUAAAGUGUGAGGAAUAUGGGAAAAACUGUUCCAAAGUGACAUACUUCAACGGAGACAUAGAGAAGUCACAAAUUACCAUCGCCCACCUGCUGCCAGACACCUUGUACACCUUCACCGUGUUUGCAGUCAAUGGCGCUGCACAGAACAACGGAGCAGGUGAAGCAGCCAGCACCAAUACAACCACAAACAUUACUGUUCCAUCAAACCCAAAAGACUUCACAGCGACAACGAUAACAAAGGACUCCAUCAACCUCACCUGGACUCCGCCAGAACCUCGUCCUGGACCCACAACCUACACCUUGGUAGUCACAGACCUCGGUUCUCGAUACUACCAAGACAGUAAGAUGGACUGGACUAAUGUCACACAUAUCCCAGGUUAUGAGAGUAAAAACUUCACAGUAACAGGCCUCCGUCCCGCGUGGAAUUACAGUUUUUCUUUGUCGGCACAAACAGAGAAAGGCUCCUCAGAAAAUAUCACUAUGACAUUAUUCACCAACGACUCAGUUCCAGGUGUUGUUCAAAACCUAAAUGUAACACCUGGUCAGGUGGCCUACAAACAACUGACCGCAAGCUGGCGAUGUCCCGAUGUCACAGAUCGUCACACUCUCAUCAGAGGAUUCUUCAUUAACACAACACUGGAGGGAUGUAGUGAGGUUGAAGUCACUGGGUGCAAAGAUAAAGAAUCCCAAAUAUCUCACACCACGGCCGACAGUCAGACUAAAAGCUGCGAUAUAGGUCUUUGCUUCGUAAAUUUAACGGACAACUGCGAUGGUAACGAAACUGUGACGAUAGUGGUGAAGCCUGAAAGCUGUCAUCUCAUUCAGGUGCAGACUGUGGGCAAGAACUUCAACAGCACAGACUGGGGGAGCACAACAUAUGAUUCACCUGCUGGACCGUCAGGAAAAGUAAAAAAUUUGAAUGUUAGCUACUUGAACGAGUCUGAUGUGAGCGUGGAGUGGGGCUACCCAACGGAACCAAACGGAUUGUUACUCGGGUACGGGCUGCUGGUGUAUCAAGACCAAGUGUGUGAGCGAAGUAUCUGGUCGCCACAAUCUAGAAAAGGAUAUUUUAAGGAGAAAUGCGCAGAGGGAGUGUACAAACCUAAAGAAACCUGUAACAAAACAGAGACAAGAACCUCAGAGCCACUAAAAGAAGACAGGACAGAAGUAGCGAUCUCUGGCCUCAAACCGUAUACUUCUUACAACAUCACCGUGUUCGCCGUCAACUGCGCCAAAGACAACAACGGGGAAGGAGAACCGGAUAACAUCAACUUCCUCACCAAUAUGUCGGCUUCAGGUCCUGUGAGGAAUCUGAGUGUCGUUGCCCUCAGCGAUUCCGCCUUACAGGUCACGUGGUACAGACCAGCAGCAGUCAACGGAGAGUUACGUGGCUACGAGCUUCACGUGCUGACAAACGACACAAAGUGUGUGCAGGCAAUCAAGUUCACGAAUGAUACCACAAGCUGCAAGAAAGUUGAACCGGAAGCGGACGAAAAGCUGGAUCACUGUGCUAACAGGACAGAUAUAUGCAGAGACAUAAACAGUUCAAGACAAGAAGCGAACAUCACUGACCUGCUCCCGGACACCUUGUACACCAUCACCGUGUUUGCCAUCAACGACGCUGUACAGAACAGAGGAGAGGGUCAAAAUGUCAGCACAGAUGGAACCACAAACAUCGCCGCUCCAUCGAAGAUAACUGACUUUACUGCGGUGUUUAUAAACAACUCUGUCACACUCACCUGGUCUCCGCCGGUACCUCGUCCUGGUCCCACUAAUUACACUCUUGUCAUCACAGACCUGGGAUCUCGAUACUACCAAGACAGGACAAUGAAUUCAACAUCAAAGACUAUUGACAUCCAGGGCUAUGACAUUACAUCCCAUAUAGAAAAGGACCUACGUUCAGCAUGGAACUAUUCGUUUUGCUUGAGUGCUCAUACAGGGAGAGGAUCAUCACAAAAUACUAGUUUCACCAUUUCAACGAAUGAUUCAGAACCGGGACCAGUACAAGACUUGACCCUAACACCCGGACAAGUGCCAUACAAAGGGGUGACCGCCAGGUGGCGAUGUCCGGCAGUGACCGAUCGCAACACCCGCAUCACUGGCUUUGCUGUCUUCGUGAACUCUGUGGUGUACAUUCGUACUGCAGACAUCACAAAUGAGGACUGUGAAUCCACCCAAAGCAUCGACUUAGUGCUGACACCUGAGAACAGGUUUCUUAUUGAGGUGUUUACGCUUGGUGAGCAGUUCAACGACACUCGGGGGGUCAGCGAGUCUUACAACACGUCAGCUGGACCUCCCCCCGUCAUGGAGGUAGCAUUCCAUUCAGAGCAGAAACAACAGAGCCAAAAGUCAUUUCAAAUCAGCUUCUGCGCCAGUUGUCUCUUUAACGAGUCCAACGGAAAAAUCAACUACUUCGCCAUCAUCGUCUGUGAAGUCGACAGCUGCGCUCAGCAAAAUGAUCUGGACAGCGAGCUAAAGGUCAAAGGUCUACACUCCUGGCACAAUGCCAGCGACAAUAACUUCAAGGAUAUCUACAGACCGACGAAUGACACGUGGCAAGAUCACAUGAGAAAUUUGACAGGGAGGUCGAGGCACAAACGGUCAACCGACCUUUAUGAGUAUGUUGUGGGAGAGGACAAUGACUGCACCUCCAAGCCUUCGAGUACUUACUGCAAUGGACCGCUGCCUCCUGGGAGGUCCUUCAGAGUUUCAGUCGCAUCCUGUACAGCAGGAGGUUGCUCCAGGUCAAACCUUAGUGAGGAAGUGCGUACAUUAGACGCAGACGAAGGCUUUCCUAUUGCAGCAAUAGCCGGCCUUGCCGCGGGGAUCGUUGUCGCGGUUUUUGUCGUUGUCAUCGUCGUGAUUUGUAAACGUCGACUGCAAACAAAGAGCAAGGGAAAAGGUAAAGGCCGAAAGAGAGAUCUAUCAACACGAGAAAGGGUUGAUGAUACCGAACUGAAAAACCUGUCAGAGAAAAGGCCAAUUUUGAUGAAGGAUUUCCUCGACAAAAUGACAGACCUGAGGUCCUCGCCGAUGUCAGACGGCUCGACGCCAUUUUCUCUCGUUAUGGAGUAUGAGGAAAUCAAGGAGUUGUCUCCCAAACAUCCACAGGCAUCAGCAAAGAUGGACAGCAACAAGGGCAAGAACAGAUACACCAACAUCCUGCCUUUCGACCACUCACGGGUGCAGCUGAAGCGGGUGGCCGGCGAUGAGUGCUCGGAUUACAUCAACGCUAACUUCAUUCCAGGAUAUCACUCAAGGCACGAGUACAUCGCCACUCAGGGACCACUGCAACACACCGUCGACGAUUUCUGGCGUAUGGUGUGGGAGCAAGGUGUCCCUGUCAUCGUCAUGUUAUCUGAUUUCAUCGAUAAGGGAGUGAAAAAGGUGUUCCCGUACUUUCCUGAAGAUGACAAAGAAGACGAGCCGCAGGUAUUCGGCUCCAUCACAGUCACCCUCAAGCAGGUGCAGAAGUUGAGCGGCUUUAGCCUCCGGACAUUUACACUACAACGGGGCAAAAGCAAGCGCCAAGUUCAACAUUUUUUCAUUGAGAACUGGAUUGACCACGGCGCCAACCUCGAUUUGCAGUUUUUGCUACAAUUUGUGAAGACGGUCCGCACGGAGAUACCGCCUGGCUCCGAGUCUCCGAUGGUAGUUCACUGCAGCGCUGGUGUUGGAAGAACGGGUACCUAUAUAGGCCUGGACUACUUGACACAGUUCAUUGACCACACGCCGCUCUCUGACCCCAUCGACAUAUUCUCCUACGUCUUGUCCAUGAGGGACUGCAGGACCACCAUGGUGCAGACGGCGGAGCAGUACGUUGUUCUGUAUCUCGCUGCGGAGAAGCUGUUGAUGGUGAAGACAGGCAAGGACAACUACCAGGAGCCUGUGUACGCCAACCUCGCUUAUGAGGAAGACGACAACGUGGAUGAGAAGCCGGAAUAUGCAAAUGUGUCGUCCCCUGUAGCAGACGACAAGCCAGUUGCAGAGCAGACGGCUACUGAGAAGCCUCUCAUCAGACAUCUCAGCACCGACAGCUCCUGCUCUACCGCCGAGCUGAUCACCGAGAAUCAGGAGAAAAAAAACAUCCGACCGAUCAGACAAGCGCCUAAAGCGCCACCUGUCCACGAGAAGGCACGACGAGUUGCCCAGCAACAGUCAACGACAACAGCGACAACAACCAACAGAUUUUCUACCGACCUGACGUCAUCCACAGACGUUACACACGCCUCCGAACCGACUGAGGACACCGACGUCAGCAGAACUUUUGAACAAGAAGACUCCACACCAACGAAGUCUCAGAAUCCAAUGGAAUCACCAGAGAAAGCCAGUUUGUGUUUAGGAAGCGAAAUUUCGGCACCGGUUUCGACCGAAAAUGCACUUAGAAAAAACGGGUCGAAAUCGUCUUCACAGAAAUCCCCACGACCUGUUGCUCCCGACCGAAAAAAAGAGAAGUGAUGACGAACGAGACUUUCGACGAUGUUGAUUCGUCCAAACGAGUUUACAUCUUACUAAUUUAGCCCGAACAGACAAAUAACUAAGUGAUAAGUGUUCUUCCAAGAGAUGUUGGCCAAAUUGACUGUUACGAAUUCUGGGGAGGUCUAGCAAAAAUGAGAGAGAGAGAGAGACCAGGACGUUUAUCCGGUGGACGAGUUCAAAAGGAAGAAGGGACACAUCAUCUCAUCUCACCACACUUUCAUGGUCAGACAGUAGAGUGCAUACCAUGUAUGGUAUUUAUUUCAUAUGUUCUAUAACGUUGUUACUUAUUGUUCUCCUUGAUGAUAAACAUUAUCAUUAAUUGAUCUGCUCAACACAUUGUCUCAAUUAUUUCAAAGGUCUGCUUGUAUUAUCGCACUGUUCAUCCUAAUCAUAUUCACUGUGCACAUACACUUGGAAUCCCUUGACAGAUGCCACACAUUCUUGUAAAGUCCGAUGAAUGUAGCAGAAGGCCUGCAUUGUGUGACUGUUCUCAUUACAUGUUCAAGUUAAAUUAACAAAAGGACAUGUUGUAAAUUUGUAUUUUUUCUCAUCACAUGCGAACUCUCAUCAGAUUUCUACUUUAAUAUCCUUUCCUAUUUGUUUUUAAAUCGUUCAGCAUUUAGUAUUCAUAGAUUUACCGUGCAAAAACACAUUGUCACUGUAAAUUGUUUUGUGAAUUGCUCAUAAACUUCCUACAAGAACUUCUAUGUACGGAAAGGCGAUGGAAGCACUUAUGGGACCCGACCACGGUUACAGACAUCGCAUCUCCAGCACUAAGAUGACGUCAUCAUGAUGGUACGGAAUACAGGACUAUAGUAUACCAGUGAGAAUGUAACUGCUUUUGAAUUAAGUUUAUUUUUUCAUAGUUAUAUCCAUGUUAUAAGUAUUAAUACAGAGUUGUUAUUUUU